CUUAAAUGUUCAACUUCAACUAGACCAGCAAUCUUCGCAAUGUCAAACCCUACAAAAAAUGCUGAAUGCACCCCCGAGGAAGCAUUUUCCAUUUUGGGUGAGAACAUUAUAUUUGCAAGUGGAAGCCCUUUCAAAGAUGUGGAUCUCGGAAAUGGUCAUAUUGGUCAUUGCAACCAGGGAAACAACAUGUACCUCUUUCCUGGGAUUGGACUUGGAACUCUUCUAUCUGGAUCAAGGGUUAUCUCUGAUGGCAUGUUACAGGCGGCAGCUGAGUGCCUAGCUGCAUAUAUGACAGAGGAGGAGGUUCUUAAAGGAACUAUAUAUCCUCCAAUAUCCAGAAUGCGUGACAUAACGAAGGAAGUAGCUGCAGCUGUGAUCAAGGAAGCUAUAGAAGAGGAUCUAGCAGAAGGAUACCGUGAUAUGGAUCCCCGGGAACUCCAGAAACUUAAUAAUGAGGAAAUUGUAGCUUAUGUGCAGAACAACAUGUGGAGUCCAGAAUACCCGACAUUAGUUUACAAGAAUGAAUGAACGCUUCAUAGCCUGACAAAUCUCCAUCAAUCUGUAAACCUUAGCUGCCAAAACUAUGGGUGAAGAUGCGCCUUUAUGAUCUAUAUACGUUGAGGCACAAUGCAGUGUAGUCUGCGUUUUACUGUAUAGUUAUUUUAUUUUUCAGUACAUAUUCCAGUUGUUUUGUGCCUACAGUUUGUAUUUGUACUUUGUUAUGGUUAUUUUGUAACCUUGUAAAUCUAACCCAUUUUUGGGAACAGUAUAAAUUGAUUUUCCUAAUCAUGGCAAAUUUGUCCGUGGCUUUGAUAC